GGGACUGUACAGCAAAUCCCACUGGGAAAAGCCAGUGUCCAUAAAGGAGACAGAGGAGUCCUGCAGCUUUAUUCGGGUGAAGGGAGCGAGGCCACUGGGGCACAUCCCCGCGGGGUUUUCUCUCUCGAGGUUUUGGAGGGCGCAGCCUCCCUUUAUCCCAAGCUCCCGGCCGCUCGUUGCCCUCUUCCUUCCCCCGCUGGCCCAGGUACCGGGAAGGUGCAGCCUUCCCGACCCGCCUGCCUCACAUCCCCCCUUGAACACGUUAUUUACCCCCAAAGUUUAGGAACUCAGGCUCGUGCGGCCCCAUUUGGCUGUUUCAGGAGUCAAACUGCCCGGGCUCUGUAACAAACCUGCUGCUUGAAGUUUAUAAUAUUGAGAUAUUAAGCCCCAUUUCAAAGCCGUUCACAACCAUCCCCUCACCCAUGGAAUUGCUUGUAAAGACAUCAGCACACAUCUUCCCUAUUAGAUGAGAUGGUCUUUAAAGUCCCUUCCAGCCCAAACCCUUCUGAGAUUCUGUGAAAUUUGGGCUCUUACUUAGUCCUUUGCUGAAGAGCUUCCACCUGAUGUCAGAAUCAUGGAAUGGUUUGGGUUGAAAGUUCAUCCCAUUCCACCCCCUGCCAUGGGCAGGGACAUCUUCCAGCAGAUCAGGUUGCUCCAAUCCCCAUCCAGCUUGGAGCACUUCCAGCAAUGGGACAGCCACAGCUUCUCUGGCUUUGCUUCUGUCUGAUUUUCUUGCUGCUGAAUUGUGUCAUUGACAAUGUUUUCCCAUAUUUCAGCUUUCAAGCAGACCUUGUUUUACCCCCACUCUAUGCCAGGAUUUUGAUGCCCAAAGACAGCCUAGAAAUUGCUCCUGACUUAAACCCUAUUCUGGAAGAGGAAGAAGAAUCCACUGGGAUCCCAAGGAUCCCAAAAAAAAGCUUCUCCUAAAUCUGAGAACAGCUUGUCAGAGAAAACCAGCAAAGAUAAACCCUUUUGUCCCUAAGCCCAGUGCUCCUGUGUGGUGUUUGUACCUCCUCAUCUCCGAGCUGGGGGAAGGCAGAGCUGCUGCACCUGCAGGAUCACUCUGCCACCGACACGUGGCAUUUUGGGCAGCACAAAAUAAAGUGGCUCAGACAAGCGCUGCAUCUCUCCAAAUGUGCUGCCCAUUACCCCUAAUCUCGUUACCUUAAUUGCCAAAGCCAUUAGGGCCCUGCAGUCUGAAAGGAAACAAAAAAUCGAUGCAAUUACCAACCCUGAAAUUGAGUUAAAAUCUUGUAAUAAAUUACAGUGAGGGCCACUUUCUCCAGCAACUCUCAGAGGCACGUUUAAUUCUCUGCUUCAGGGCAGAAACUCAAUUAAAAACAAAAACUUAUUUCAUUUUAAUUGCUGGCCUAAUGAAACCUCUGUCACCUGCAGCUUCUUUGUGUGUGUGUCCAGUGUCUCAGCUCUACGAGUGGCUUCUUGCUCCCUGCUAAUGUGCGUGUUGCACACACAUAAUAAUACUAAUAAUACUAAUACUAAUAAUAUAUUAUAUAAUAUAUAAUAAUAAUAAUAUAUAUUUAUUACAGGGUAUAUUUUAAAUGCAGCAGCAGCUGAUGGUGGCAAACAUGGAAAUGGGUAAAAAUAACACAUUUCUCUCUGUGAAUCCUCUGUGAAUCUCUGUGGAUGUGGAGCUGUGGCUGUCACUGCUGCUCUGCUCUCCUGUUUUUACCAGGGGGGUUUGGGGUGUGUAAAAUGCACCAGGAUUGGCACAGGGGAAGCCUUGGCACAGCCAGGGUGUUCCCAUGGCCCUGUUUGAUGGUGAGAUGAGGAAAUGAGGAGUGUGACCACUAACCCAUGCUGAUGCCCAAAAACUCCUGCAAUAAACCACUUCAUCAGAAACAUCUUUGGCAGAGGCCAUUUCUGCUCCAGCAGGGGUUGAGGAUCCUGCAGCAUCAGAUUUCCUGGAAAACACAUGGAUUUUUGCAGCAGGGGCUCAGCCCUGGGAGGUGAUGUAGAUGUUGUGUUCAAACACAGGGUGGAGAUCAUUCUUCCAGGGCUGCCAGGGAAUGAUGAAAAGCAGGAAAAACAAAACAAAACCAGGGAGGUUAUGCUGAGCUCACAUUUCCUGACUGUCCUCUUACACAAAAGGAAGAACUUCCUAAAAGCCUGGUUCAAGCAUCUGGCAGAAUGGAAAGAGGAGAAGAGACUCCUGUAAGUGCUUUUUCUGCUUCUUGCUUGUAGACAGGCCACACAAGAAACCUGGCAAGGCUCUCUUUUGUUUUUGAAAGGUAGCCAGCUUGGGGCUGGGAUUAAUUCCUGAGCUCAGCCCUCCCUUCCACUCUGGGGUACGGGAUGGGGAUGUGGAUGCCAGUGCUGGGCUGAUGUGGAGGGAGAGGGAUCUGGCAGAGGGAGAAAAGGCAUCUCAGUGGGCUGGAAGAGACCCCAAAUGCAAAUUUUGGGAAUGGUUUGUCCUGGUGUGGGCAGAGGGGGGUGUGUGGGGGGGAAGGUGUUUAUGAGUCUCGGGUGUUGCUGUGAUCAGUUUUGGUUUCCUCUCGAGGGCCUGCAGUCACAGCUGAGGGUGAAUUUCCUCCAAAAUACGACACAGAAAAGAAAUUUUAAAAAGCUCAUUCCCAGACAAGUCUUUUUGUGGCACUUUCCCAUGGCAGAUCCCUGCUCUCCCACUGCUCAGUCAGAAGUGCUCUGCAGCACUUCCCAAAGUGCUGAAAUGAAAACAUUUCAGUGCACUCAAACCCAUUUUUUCUUUUCUUUUCAGCUGCCUGGAACUGCCUGGAAUGGGUAUUUAAGCAAUUUCAGUCACGGGACCACAGCAGGCAGCCACUGGUCAAACACAACCUCAGGAGUGACAGCAACAACCACAGGCACGUGGCUGGAUGCUGCCAAUUCGAGUGAGUACCCGUACGAGUACCUGGAUGAGGAGGAUUAUGGGCUCUAUGGCCUCUGCACCAAGGAGGAGGUGCUGUCCUUCAGCAGGGUGUUCUUGCCAUCAUUUUACACCGUGAUCUUCCUGGUCGGAAUGGCUGGGAAUGCCCUCCUGUUUGCUGUCCUCCUCAUGUACAUCAAGAAGAAAAAGAAGAUGACUGAGCUGUAUCUGCUGAACCUGGUGGUUUCAGACUUCUUCCUGCUACUGACCCUUCCUCUCUGGGCUCUGUACAUUUCUCAGUGGGUCACCUGGGACAUCUUGUGCCCAUUCUUAAAUGCCAUGUACACUCUGAACUUCUACAGUGGCAUCUUCUUUGUGAGCUGCAUGAGCCUGGACAUGUAUCUGCAGAUAGUUCACGCUUGGUCUCCUCACAGCUCCACGGUGUGGAGGAAUUCCAUCCUCGUCUUGUUGGUGAUGUGGAUCCUUUCCAUAGCUCUCUCCAUUCCUGAUGGCCUCUUCACCAGCACAAGGCAAAUUCACAACAAAACCAUCAUGUGCACCCAGGAUUAUGGCCAGGAGCAUUUAUUUUGGAAAGUUGUCUUUCGGGUGAUUCAAAACAUCCUGGGAUUCCUUUUCCCCUUCUUCUUCAUGACCUUCUGCUACUCCCGCAUCGCGUGUGUGCUCAACACCUCACAGAUACCUGGCUCCAGGAGAGCUCUCUGCUUAGUCCUUACUCUGGUGGGGGUCUUCUUUGUGCUGUGGUGUCCUUACAACGUUGUGCUCAUCCUCCACUCCCUGCAGGAUGUCGGUGUGAUCAGGAGCUGUGAAAGCAGUAGGAAACUGGACUAUGCCCUGCAGAUCACAGAGAGCUUGUCCUUUGUCCACUGCUGUCUCAACCCCUUGCUCUAUGCUUUUGUGAAGAAGCGGUUCAGGGCAUAUUUGUGGAAGAUCCCUCAGGCCAUUUUCAGGAGAGGCGCUUUCUUUUCCAUCCAGGAUUCCCAGACGAGCCCAUCUUGCAGCAGAUACGCAGCUGAGAUAGAAAUGUUGAGCAUCACAAAUGCAUCAUAAAUAUUUACAUUAUUUACAUUAUGUGUGAGCCCUCUGCCCUGCCCGUGAUGGAGUUGGUGUGAGCCCACAGCACUGUGUAACCAGAUAGUUCAUCCUAGCAACAGCCUUGAGAUGGGGACUUUCCACACUGGGAUUGGAAAAGUACAUGUGGGAUCUGUUUCUGUUGCAAGUGGAAUUAUUAUGAAAGGAUUGUCCUGUAUUUACACUAGCAGAAGAAACCCAGUUCUCAUCUGGAGGCAGUAGCAAAUAAAGGAUGAGAUUUCUCAAUGUUGUGCCUUAAAAAAUGCAAACUAAGACUUGAGGAGAGAUUCUCCUCCUUCCUGGCAUGGGCUUUCCAUGGAUGGAAUUCCAUGCUCAUCCAUCAGGCCAGAAAGACUGCCAAGGGAUCUGGCUCUUACCAUCUGCCAGAUGAUUUAACUGGGAUAAUCUUGUUUUCUACCAGGAGACACAACAGGAAGGACUGGACACCUUUAAGCUGAGUUGUUCUCUGUCAUGAUGAGCAGUGCCACACUCGGACCUGCUGAGCAGGGAACUGUGACUCUCCAAAGGGCAGAGCCUUGGUUAGAGAUCAGUUUGAUCAUCAGCUGAUUUGGGACAGUUUGAGCAGAACAAAGUCCAGACCAGUAACAGUGAGAAAGAGAAAAAAGGGAGCUCAGCAGAACAGUGGUGAAGGUAUUUGCCUUCCACGAUCUGGUUUGACAAGAUAAAAAAGAUCCAUGGGUACCACCUGUAACAUAAAUACUGUCUUUGAAACACAACAGAAUGAGAACAUGGCCUGAACAGAAGAGCACAGAGAGCUGAUGGUCAAUCCUUAUUACCCAGUGCAGCUUUGAAGUUCAGGGUUCUGAGUUUGCUAACUUUUAUUUAAAGGCAUUAUUCACCCCAAAUGCUCCUGAACAUUAAAUGGUCCCUUUCCAUCCUGUAAAUCUACUAAGUCUGGAAGUUUCCUAGAGUUGUACAAAUAAAAUUAUGAAUUUAAGAGAAAGCACUUAUCACAUUUAUUUUAUUACUACAUAAGAUUACAGGACUGAGAAGGGCUU